AUGGAUCAAAAUGAAAAAGUUGAAACAAGAAAAAAAAAUUUAAAUUCUACUAAAUUAUCAUCUGCACCUGAUAUUGAUCAAUUAUGCGAUUUAAUUGAUGAAAAUACAUUUGGUUUAAAAUCUUUUUCAUCAUCAUCAUCAUCAAAAUUUCAUUCAGUUCCAUCAACUCAAAUAAAAGCAUUUCGUUCAUCACGUCUUAAACGUUUACAUACACCAGCAACAAAUUUCAAUGAUCAUGAAAAUUUUUCAUUGUUACCUUCAACAAAUCGAACAAUUUCAAUGCGCUUUACACUAUCUUCAACUUUAUUAGAUCAAUUUCGUUCAUUAUCAACAUAUAAUCUUCCGAAAUCUCGUCGUCGUUACUCAUCACCAACAACAAUAACUUUAUUUCGUACAAAAUCAAUUCCAUCAACAGCUACUAAAGAAGAAAAUAAUUCAUCAACAACAUCAUUAUCAUCACAAUCUCAAUUAUCAUGUACGAUUGUUGAUACACGACGAACAACAGCUCAUUCAUGUAAUGUAGAAGAAUUAGCUGCUUAUUUAGAUAAUUUUCUUUAUUUACCUAAAUCAUUAUCAGGUGCAGCUGAACUUAUGUAUACUUAA